AUGUCCAACUCACAAAAUGGCUCAGCAGCUGCUCAAUUAGCUAUCCAAUCUGGCUCCUCCUCCAUCUCCUCCUCUUCUUCUGCUUUUUCCUCUUCCUCGUCCUCUACUUCUUCUUUUUCUAGAAACAAAUCCUCUUCUUCGGUAAAGAAAAUCUCCUUCACUGAAAUUAAAACCCUUUUUGAUUCCUUCAAUUUCAACUUCAGGGCUUACAGCAACAGGAAAUUGCUAGGUUACCACGAUUACAACUACUACACCAAGAAAUAUGAUGAAAAAUUCACCUACCUCACUUACAAACAAGUCGAAGAAACCAGAUCUCUCAUUGGUUCUGCCUUGAUAUUCUUGACCAACCAAAUUGAUUCCACCAUCAAAAACAAGUUCCUAACUACUUUCUUUGCCAAUGGCAAUAGCUACCAAUGGCUCUUAGCUGAUUUGGCCUUGCAAGCUUACUCUAUCCCAUCAACCACCAUUUAUGAAAACUUUGAUGACAAGGCAAUUCAAAUUGUUUUCGGUUCCACAAAUUCUCCUGUUAUCUUCAUCUCGAAAUCCAACAUCAGAAGAAUCUUAAAUUUGAAAAAAAACGGUCUCAUAAACUCUCUACAAAUCUUGAUCUCCCUCGACAGUUUAAACAUUGUCCAAGAUCACCAACUAUUCAACCUAUCCUAUAAAAACGAUGUCUCACUAUACGACUUCAAUUCUUUACUCGAAAUUGGUAAAUCUACUAAACUUGGAUAUAUUCCACCAACCCCAAACACUCUUUACACUCUUUCUUUCACAAACGAGCUUAAUGGUGUUUUCUCUCCUAAACCACUCUAUACCACUCAUGCAAUUGUCAUUGGCUCUCUCAUUGCAAAUUAUUCCUCCUUCUCCAAAAAAUUAUCCCAUGAACUAUCCUCCUUAGUCGACCUUCCAAUCCUCAACUUGUAUGCUAGAAAUUCUCUUAAUUUAGAGAUCUUAUUAGGCUCCACCAUUCAUUUCUCACAAUUUGUCUCAGACAAUAGCUCCAUCUCAAAGAACUUGGCUUUAUCCAAAGCCACUCAUUUCCUUUCUUAUGGUAAAACCUUUGUCUAUCUUGAACAAGCUAUAAAAUCAAAGGUUUACAACACCAGAGUUUACAGAAAUGCAUACCAAAACGUCUUAUCAAAAUUAAAUGAUAUCAAUCGCGUUAAAGACAAAAUCAUUUAUACAAAAGACGAAAUAGCAUACUUUUCAAACUUGAAAAAGGAAUUCGGUCUACAAUACGUCAAUACUUUCUUUAUUGUUGGUUCUGAAAUCUCUGUUGAAUCCCUUGAUUUUCUCUCAAUUAUUCUUGACAUUGGUAUUGUUCAAUCUUCUGGCUCUCAAAAAGCCUAUUUUAGAUACUCAUCCGAAUCUAUUCGUCAAGAACUAAUCCAAUCUUAUUCCUAUAAAAGCACUUCUUUUAACUCAAAUAAAAACAAAAAAAAUAAUAUAAUUAGACCUCCACAACCUUCUGUUGAUCCAAUUCCAGAACCACGAAUUCAUGUUGAUCCAAUUCCAGAACCACUAGUUUUUCUUAAAACUCCAAAACCAUCAUCUCCAGAAAAAUUAAUUUUUCCUCAAACUCCAGAACCAUCAUCUCCAGAAAAAUUAAUUUUUCUUAAAACUCCAAAACCAUCAGCUCAAGAACAACCAGCUACAGUUCCACCAAACCCAGUUGUAUCAACUCCAGAACCAAAAAUUUCUUUUGAUUCAAAUUCAAAUUCAAAUUCUUCCAUAUCUAAAUCUUCUGAAUCUGAAUCCUUUAAAUCUUUGAAUUUAUCAUCAUCAUCUCUGAUCUCUGAUUCCUCUAAUCAAAAUGAUUUUAAUCCUACCACUAAAGUCCCAGAAUAUGUUCCUCCAAAAGAAUCUGCCAGUUCCACUCCACAAGAUAUUCCACCAGUUACUAAUAUUGAUGAAAGCACUUUUAGAAGAGGUGCAAACUUUAACUUGAAUCAACCUUCAACUCAUAGCAUUUCAUUUGAGUCAUCUGGUUCAUCUGAACAAGAGAAUAAAUCAAGAACACUUUCCAAAGAAAGUGGUAGUAGCAGCGCCAAUCGUGUGAAUAUUCAACCAUCAGGCACUCAAAUAGUCGGUCCUGCCUCAAACAGUGUUCAAACUAAUGGAGGUAUUAAACUGAUCACUAAUACUACUGAAACUAAAUCUUAUGAACAAAGAAAACAAUAUGAACAAAGCAAACAAUAUGAACAAAAAGUACAAUUUGAACAAAGAAAAACACUUGAAGAAAAGAAAGCUCUUGAAGAGAAAAAAGCUUAUGAAGAAAAGAAAGCCCUUGAAUUAAAGAAGGCUUAUGAAGAAAAAAUUGCUAGUGAACAAAAGAAAGCCUUUGAAAUAACAAAAGCUCUUGAAGAGAAAAAGGCUUUUGAAGAAAAGAAGGCGGUUAAAGAGAAAGAGGCAUAUGAAAAAAAAAUUGCUACAGAAAAUCAAAAAGCUCUUGAAUUGAAAAAAGAACAGAAAAUUAUUGAAAAGAAAGCUUACGAAGAGAGAAAAGCUUACGAAGAGAAAUUAACCGGACAAAAAGUCUCCGAAAAAAAGGCCAUUGAAAAAAAAUCUUAUGAAGAGAGAAAAGCCUAUGAAGAGAAGAAAGCUUAUGAAGAGAAAAAGGCUAUUGAAGAGAAAAAGUCUUACAAAGAGAAGAAAGCUUUUGAAGAAAAGAAGGCUCUUGAGGAAAAGAAAUAUAACACUAAAGACUUUGAAUCUAAAUCUGGUGAAACCAAUACCAGAGGUUUUGAAAGGAAAUCUGAUGAUAGUUACAGAAGAUCUAAAGAAGAUAGAAGAUCUAAGGAAGACAGAUACAAAGAGGACAGAUACAAAGAAGAAAGAAGAUCUAAAGAAGAUAAAUAUGAAAAAGAAAGUAGAAUAAGCAAAUCAAGUAAGGAAAGUGAUUCUAGCUGUGAUGAAGAUGUUUGGUUGCUUGCUCGUGUUAACUCUGAAUCCAAAGGAUCUAAUUCUGAAAUUGUUGAUAAAGUUAAGAAUGUCUUUGGCAUUUCCAAUGUCAAAUAUACUUCGCUUGAUAAAAUUGAAAAAUACUACUCUAAAAAUAAGAUUGUUGAUGAAGUGAUGGUUGUCGGCAAUAAAAAAGAAGACUAUCUUGUUGGUAUUAUUGGAUUGGAUAGUAAAUCUAUUGUCAAUUAUUUGAAACAUAAUGUCUGUGUUAGAAAAAGUGAUUUUGAUAGCAAAUUUAAGUCAUAUGUAUUGAAUUUGGAUGAAGAAGACAUUAAUUACAGUGAGUUAAAAUACAAGUUGAACAAUGAUUCUAAAGUGAAGAGAUUGAUUUUGAGUGAUUUGAACAGAGAAGCUGAUGAAUUGCAAAGUUUUGAAAAAAUCAAGAAUGCAUAUUUUGAAUUUGAACCAGUAGAAUCGAGUAAAAAGUUGAGAGUUAUUAGAAGAUCAAAUGCAGACACUUACAGAAAACAAAUCAAUGAUUUGUAUAAACAAGGGGCAUUGUUUAUCAUUUCAUAUUUAUGA